AAAAAAAGUGGAACAUCUUAUCUAAAGAUAGCAUAUAAAGAGGUAUUAUUUCCCGUCUACUUUACUGGGAUAGAAACUGUAAAGCAAAGUAAAUUUCAGCUUCUUAAAUUCAUUGGAGAAAAGAUUAUGAAAGAGGUUAUAGAUAUAAAUAAUAUGCGUCCAAUUCAUGAAAUUGUUGAAGAUACUCUUAGAGAAAGCUAG